AUGGAACAUAUAACAUUAAUCCAAAAUAAUGAUAUGCCAUGGUGGGUUAGAUACCAGCCAGUCAGUUACAAACUAAUCUCACGUAGUGGUAACGAAGAAGAGUUCAAAGACAUGGUUGACAGAUGUAACAAAGUUGGAGUGAGAAUCAUUGUUGAUGCUGUUAUCAAUCACAUGACCGGGGUUGCACAGAAAAAAGGAGUUGAUACCAGAGACAGCAGCGGUGGCUCAUUCUUCGAUGGAACGGAUGGCAUAGAAAGCUUCCCAGAGGUGAGGAGACUUGGGAUGAGGGGUGUAGGCCCUUCUAAACCGUUUUCCACGCGAUGCCCAUUUCGUCGCAUGCGGUCCCGCAAAGAAAAUGGACGAGUUGCAUCACGCAGAGAGCGGGCUUCAUAUUUUGUAGAAUGCAAAACAUCUGUGUAAAC